AGCCACCUGGUGUCUUCUCCUUCUGUGUGAUUGCGCCAGACUCAUCAAUCUUCUGUACCCGGCUUCCGUCGUUUCUCACCCCUUUCCUCAUCUAUUCACAUUAUCAAAUUUUCAUUUUCCCUAUCUUUUAUACCCCCUAACUCUUCGCCCACGACUAUCGACGCUCUCACGGCUCAGCGAUUGGCUGGCUCAUAGCUUAGGACAACCUGGCCUUAUAAUUGCGACAGCUUAGCUGCACCUACCUGGCUCGAUCUCACAACCACUCUUCGUCCCCAACUUUUUUUUUACGUGCUCGAGUUCCCACGCCCGUUUCGCUUAACUUGGGAUAGAACCACGAUCUUCAUCUCAAAGCUCGAAACGAAUCUCAAGGCAACUUCGCUCAGCCUUACACCCCCUACAACUACGACACCCCAUAAACCAUAUCACGGCGGAUAACAUGGGCUAUCUCUACACCACUGCAGGCUACGCCCUGCUCUUUGCCGUUGCCUAUGUUCUAUACCAACUAUCUCAAGGCCAGAGAACUGGAAACCAACCACGGGCUCAGAUCAAGCCGGCCAAGAGCUCGCAGGCGGAGACUCGUAAGGAAGACCGCAAGAAGAAGCAGCGCCAGGAGGCCUUUGCAUCAGAGGCACAGGAGGCUUCCAAGAAGCCCAAGGUUGAAUCAGAGACCAGUGCUUGGACUGGUAGUGCGAAGGACAAAGAUGACAAUGUCGACAAUCGCGAAUUUGCCCGACAAUUGGCAAAGGCCAAGGAAGGUACCAAGUUUGCUGCCAAAUCUGAUGCUGGUAAGCAGCGAGAGAAGUCUGUCAAACAAUCCCGCGCCAACAAGGUGGCCAGCGCCGCCGAGGAGAAGGAGUCGGCUCCGUCAUCUACCACUGGUGCCGAUGGCGAUGAUGAUCAGUCCCCUGUAACCUCACCUGAGGUCGGUCCCGCAGUCGCAGUCGCAGGCGAUGUUUCCGACAUGCUCGAGACCGCUCCUACUCGCCCAACAGUUCUUCGUCUGACCGACACCGAGCCCAAAAAGCAGAACAAAAAGACCCCAAAGGUGGAGGCUCCCGUUGAGACCAAGAAGCAGCGCCAGAACCGUAAGAAGGCCGAGGCGGCCAAGGCUGCCCGCGAGGAAUCCGAGAAGGAGCGAAAGCUUCUCGAAGAGAAGCAACGCCGCGCCGCUCGCAUUGCUGAGGGACGCGCUGCUAAGGACGGCUCCCAGUUCACUGCUGCCCAGGGCAAGUCAUCCGCUUGGAAGGAGGGAGCUCCCAAGGCCCCCGAAGCUGCCCAGACGAAUGGAUUUCAUCAGCCGCUUGACACAUACGAGGAAGCUCCCGCUUCUGCAGUCAAGGCCCCCAAGAGUACCGAUCGCAAGUGGAUGGAGUCUCUACCUUCUGAAGAGGAGCAGAUCCAGCUUCUCCAGAACGAUGAUGACUGGAGCACUGUCAAGACCAAGUCUAAGAAGGGUGCUAAGAAUGCCACUUCAGUUGGAUCUGGUGACGAGGCUGCGGCCCGCCCCGCUGUCCAGCCCAAGCAACCCACCGGGCCUAACAAGGCUUCCCAGCCUUCUCAGUCAUUUGGAUCUUUCUCGGCAUUGACUACUAAGGGCGAUGCUGCUGAAGAAGAGGAGGAAGAAGAAUGGGAUGUUUAAGAAGAGCAGCCCCAGGUGGAUGCAUUGCGUGUCUUUGAGGCAUGCCAUUACACUUUCCUUGUCACUUGUCUGUAACUUGACUAUUUCAUUUUCCACCAACGAAUUUCUGCCAUAAUUUGCAUCACGGGGCAGUGUGCCGUCCGAACACGUGCCAAGACGUUGAUGGAGUGCGACAGCACAAGCGUUUGCGGUUGGGAGUUCAGGGUUUAUGGUCAAAUUUUCGACGAGGCGAGGCUGGCCAUUCCAAAGGUAGCCAUUGAAGGAAAACACCGACGGAAGCAGUUCACAUUCAUGGACAAAAAGCAAGGGUUUCAUGUUGGCCGUGGAAAAGGAAAAGCCUGCGGUUGAUGACUGCAUCGGUGGAUGAUGCCAGGCCAGUAUUUGGAAGAAAAUUGGGAAGUGUAUUGAUAGUCGAAUCGAUUGUUUGCGACAGUUUGUCAGUCCAAAUAAGAAGCCAAAUGAAGCAUCAUUAGCUACGGCUCAAGUGCUUGGAGUGGUGUCUAUGAAGGUAGAUUAGGUCAAGUUCACGUGUUCCCUUGAACUCUGUGCGAUCUCUGGGAGUUGCAAGUUGAGGUAAGGGAAA